AUGUCUAAAUUCAUCCUCACCAAGCAACUUGUCCGCAAAGCAUUGGCUCCCCUGCUCGAGGUCGACAACCUCGAGCUGCGGAGGAAAUUCCUCACCGACUAUCUCGUCCCCAACGUCACUUGGACAUGCACCGGCAGUGCGCACUCUCUUGCCGGCUCACGAUACAGCGUCAAGGACCACGAAGACGCAACGUUCAACAGGCUGGGCAAGAAUCUCAAGGGGCCCAUCAAGUUCGUCGUCACGAGGGUCAUAGUCGACUCGGAGCGCGAGCAGGACGGAUGGUGGUGCGCGGUUGAAGCUCGGGGGGAGGCCAUCAGGAUCACCGGCCAGCGAUACGACAACGAGUACGCGUGGCUGAUGCGGUGGAAUGACGAGGGCAGGAUCGACGAGAUUCGGAGCUACUUUGACACCAUGCUCUCCGAGCGGGUUUUGGCUGGAUCCGCGUAA